AUGAAUCAACAGCCCGAUCUCUAUUUUCCCGGGUAUGGGAUGAGCACCGCAAACCGGUCUCCGCGCUCAUCGAGACCGGGCUACAACACCACUACCGGGCAUUCCGGCGUGAACCGUAUGGACCAGCGCCAGAUGGAUCCUGUUGGCCAAGCUCCCAACGCCCUUUUCGCAACCGAAGACCGCUUCGGUUCCUACAAUGACAGCGCCUUCCGACACAAUCGGAUGCAGGCCUCACCGGGCUUUGCGGGGGACAACUUGAUCGGGAAUGCCCAAUGGGGUUAUAACCCAGGUGUGAACACCGUCACUGGUGCGUUGGGUGAAGGCAGGCUACGAUCAGGCGCUCGGAGAGCAAUUCCACAGGAGUGGACGAUGCCAGAACAGCCCGGGAUCGGAAAUCAAGCCCUGCCUCCCGUCCCCCCAGCCCAAUAUCCCGCCGUUGGCAGCUUCAACCCAGCCAUGGGCUUGAUGAACGGCGAUGCCACAUUUACAGGCGAACGUCACGGUUACCCAUCCGCCAUGUACGAUCCACGCCACGAGCCCAAGGCGCUCGGCAACGACCUGAUCCCGACUGCGAUCGUCAUCAAAAACAUUCCGUUCAACGUACGAAAGGAGAUGCUCACUACCAUCAUGUCUGAACUGGGCCUGCCCCAGCCAUAUGCGUUCAACUACCAUUUCGACAAUGGCAUAUUUCGUGGCCUCGCCUUCGCCAACUUCCAAAACCCAGUCGAUACCCAGACCGUCAUCGAGCAGCUAAACGGCUACGAGGUGCAAGGCAGGAAACUCAGGGUUGAGUACAAGAAGAUGCUGCCGGAGCAUGAAAGAGAGAGGAUUGAGCGGGAGAAGCGAGAGAAGCGCGGCCAGUUGGAGGAACAACAUCAGCCUAUGCCCUUGCAUUCUCAAUCCUCCAUGCACUCGCUUAACGCCGCCCACACCUCGAGGACUCGGAGCUCGCCGCUGCGCAAGUCCCCUGGGGAAGUCCCCACGAGAGGGGCCGCGUCGAAUCAGCAUGUCGGCCCGGGGGAUGUGGACCUGAACAACCCAGACACGCUGAGCUUUUACACGGAGCUGAUGCUCUUCAAGAGCGACCCGAGUCGGGAGAUCAUAGUGUUCCCCAGCACCAUCACGCCGCAACAGCGGCGGACGGUUCACAUCCUCGCUCACAACAUGGGUCUUGAACAUCGGUCUGUGGGCGAAGGCCAACACAGGCAGAUCCAUGUCAUCAAGGAUACAGGGGUCGCAGCCCCGGCCAUCCACAUGCCUCCUGGUGUUUCGGCCGAUGCCCACCGCCGUGGUCUGAGCCGCGCUGCCACGAUUGACUUUGCUGAGACACGCGGCAACGCACCCGGCCAGUUCAACACGCUUGGUCGGCAGGGUCGGCACGGCCCAACACUCGAGCUCCCCGACAGUCCCGACGGCGGGCUAAACGCGCUUCGUGGCGUCAAGUCGUUUGCCGACCUGCGGUCCUACACCCCGAGCCCUUCGCUAUCCACGACAUCGGGCUACCCUCAAGGGGGCAGCGGCUCUCACACUGCGAAUGUAGCUCAGUACGGUGAGUACAGCGCCAGCCUCGGCCAGCCCAGCGCUUUAACCACGCCAACGACUCCGGGCGCCGCGUCCAGCGCCGAACCAUCCAUGUUGAUCAAUGAGCUGGCGACCCUCAACCUCACCGAACCCUUCAACAACGGAGCUCGCCUGCGGCCUCGUGAGGCCCCCGGCGCCAUUGGGAGCCAGCGACCCGGCCUAAACGGCACCAGCACCCGCAGUGUACCGGAACGCCAGCCCCAUGGGCCCAGCGGUGAAUGGGGGGAGAAGAUCGGGUUUGGGGGACGAGGUCGGGCCAACGGGCACAUCCAAAGGGGAAGCGACUCCUCCGAUAAUGGAGUGCGUACCACAUCGUCAUCAACCUCGAGGUUCCAAUGA